AUGGGUUCAAUACUUAAUAUAGUUGAUAAAAAUUUAUUCCCUGCUCCAGAGCCAAGCUACAACUUUCAAACUUUUACUGGAGAUGCUUAUAUCGAAUUUGUAAAUUCUUAAUAUGAGCAAAAUAAAGAGAAUACUCAUUAAAUACCUCUUUUAGUAAUACCUUAUUAUGAAAACGGUAUCCUGAAUGAUAAAUAUUUAGUAUAUUUUCAUGGAAACGCUGAAGACAUUGGGCUCUCAUAUUAGUUUUUAUUUAGUAUGCAGAUGAUUUUAAAAAUGAACAUAAUUGCUGUAGAAUAUCCUGGUUAUGGUAUUUAUAAAUCAAGAAAAACAACAGCAGAGUGCAUCAAAUCUGAUUCUUUAACUGCUUAUAAUUAUAUCCUCAAAAGAUUUAAGACAAGAGAGCAAAAUAUUACCAUAUUGGGAAGAUCUAUUGGAAGUGGUCCAGCUUCGUAUGUUGCUUCAAAAUAAACUCCAAAAGCUCUAGUUUUGAUAAGCGCCUAUAUAUCAAUCAAACAUCUUAUUGGACAUCACAUUUGUAACUGCAUUUCAUUUUUUAUAUCAGAAAGAUUUAAUAAUAUUGAAUGCAUGAAUAGCGUUUCAUCUCCGGUUUUAUUAAUACAUGGAAUGCAAGAUACCUUAAUCCCACCAAAUAACUCGCAAAUGCUUUAGUAAAGAUUAAAAUCUUAAAAUAAAAUAGUUACUGGAAUAUAUCACAAACAUAUGACUCACAAUGAUUUUGAUGAAAGAAAUGACAUUUCAAUUAAAAUAAAGUAGUUUUUGGAAACAAUAUGA